UGGAGCGAUUCUGUCUUGAUCCUUUGUUGCUUUGAUGGCUUCCGAAGACGAGAAGACGAGUGAAUCGGCUGUUUCGACGAUCGUCAAUCUGGCGGAGGAGGCAAAGCUCGCCAGAGAAGGCGUUAAAACCCCUAGCUAUGCCUUUCUAAGCAUCUGCAAGUCUCUUGCAGCUGGAGGUGUUGCUGGUGGAGUGUCACGAACUGCUGUUGCUCCACUGGAACGGUUAAAAAUAUUGCUUCAGGUUCAGAAUCCUCAUAAUAUAAAGUACACUGGAACAAUUCAAGGGUUGAAGUAUAUUUGGAGAACUGAAGGUUUUCGUGGUUUAUUCAAAGGCAAUGGCGCUAAUUGUGCUCGUAUUAUUCCGAAUUCAGCAGUCAAGUUCUUCACCUAUGAACAAGCUUCUAAGGGACUAUUAUAUCUGUAUCAGCAGCAAACUGGCAAUGAAGAUGCUCGGCUUACUCCAGUUUUACGCCUUGGAGCCGGAGCGUGUGCCGGCAUAAUUGCCAUGUCUGCAACUUACCCAAUGGACUUGGUACGGGGGAGGCUCACCGUACAGACAGAGAACUCUCCUUACCAGUAUAGAGGAAUGUUCCAUGCUCUGUCAACUGUGCUGCGGGAAGAGGGUCCGCGGGCGUUGUACAAGGGUUGGGUUCCUUCCGUCAUUGGAGUUAUACCAUAUGUGGGUCUCAACUUUGCCAUUUAUGAAUCUCUAAAAGAUUGGUUGGUUAAAAGUAAACCAUUUGGACUUGCUGAAGAUUCUGAGUUGGGCUUGAUAACGAGGCUGGCAUGUGGUGCUGUUGCCGGAACGGUUGGCCAAACUAUUGCUUACCCUUCUGAUGUCAUUCGCCGAAGAAUGCAGAUGGCAGGAUGGAGUAAUGCAGCCUCAGUUGUGACUGGUGAUGGGAAGGCCCCUCUUGAGUAUAGCGGCAUGAUUGAUGCAUUCAGGAAAACUGUUCGGUAUGAGGGCUUUGGAGCAUUGUACAAGGGCUUGGUCCCCAACUCUGUAAAGGUUGUGCCAUCACUAGCAAUUGCAUUCGUGACUUAUGAGGUGGUGAGGGACCUCUUAGGAGUUGGAAUUAAAGUAUCAGAUUGAAUCUAAAUUUGAAUUUCUUGGACUAGUGUGCUAGCUUUGUAGGCAAGGGGGACACAGAGAGGGUAAGGGUAGCCUCUCAUUACCCUCUCCCAUUCAUGAGCUUAGUCAAAUAAGUACGAAAAAAACAACCCAAGAAACAAUUUGUCUACACAAAGAUCAAAGAAAGAGAUUAUCUAUUC